AUGGUGAAGUUCCACCCGCAGAUCAAUCGCCGCCAACGUCUAGAGUUUGCCCUAACCCUCCUGCCCUACGAUCCGGAGACAGUGCAGCUGUCCGAGGUCCAAAAGCAGGUGGUGGAAAUCAUUGCCCGUCUUCGCACAGACGAUUCCUUUACGGAGGAGGAAAGCGAUGGCGAUGGCAAGACGCUGCAGCAACAGCAAGAAGAUGCCGACGCCUUUGCGGAUCGUGCCAUGCGCCAGAUCGAGUUGACGGACAAUGGGAAGUUGAGCACUCUGGAAACUCUGACCCAGGCUGCUGAGAAGUUGCUCGAAUCCCAGAGAUGUAACGCUGAGCGGGAUGAGGAGGAGGAGGAGGAUCAAGACUAUGAUGACUUUGUGAGGGACGUGGAGACAACGCAGCUUAUGAAGUGCACCAUACAAGCGGUGAACGAGGCGCGGAUGAAGCUCAUGCAGCAAUGGGAGCGCUGUAAGCGAAAGGCUCUAGAUCUCCUCACUAUUGAGAUUGAAAAAGUACAGGAAAUGGACCAAGAUCAGGAUCAAAAUCAAGAGCAAACUUCGUCACGCUUUGAGAUGUUCCGCGAGGGAACCGAGGAGCACAAUACCUCCACGCCCAAGACCAACGACGAGGACCAUAUCAUCGAUGACGAUGACGAGGAAUAUGUGCCAGAUGGCGAGGAGGAAUCGUCAGCCGGGAAUAAAAGAAAACGCAGCAAGAAGCCGGUGACCUCCACGCCGAAUGCCAAGCGUCCGUGUCCCGGCUUCGAGUUCGACCAGGACAGUAGAUCGCCGAUGGUAAUGAUCGGUCCGAAUGGCACCAAGAUAUUACGCAGCAGUCUCAGUGCCAUCAAUUGGGAUAUGACCGGGCCCUCGAUCACCCGCAAGCUGCUGUGCGAGAUCUUUGACCGGGACACCCUGGCACAUCACACGCUCUCCGGGAAGCCGUCGCCGGCCUUCAAGGACUGCGCUCGACCGAGCAAGCAGCAGCUGGAUCCGCUCAAGGUGGCCGAUCUGGUCUAUCUGAUGACCAACAGCAUGGACAUGACGCCCAGGGAGGUGCGCACAGCAAUCACCACAAAGUGUGCCGAUGAGAACAAGAUGCUCCGCUCCAAGCUUCAGCGUUGUCAGCGGAAGAAAAAGUAG